AUGGGUAACGCGUUUUCGAGGGCGCUGGGGAAACUUUUCGGUUCCCGCGAGAUGAAAAUCCUCAUGCUCGGUUUGGAUAAUGCUGGUAAAACGACGAUACUUUACAAGUUGAAACUGAACAAGAUCAAGACGUCGACCCCGACGGUUGGAUUCAAUGUCGAGACCGUUGCAUACAAGAAUGUCAAGUUCAACAUGUGGGAUGUAGGCGGACAGGAGCGGUUGCGGCCGCUGUGGAGGCAUUACUUCCCUGCCACGACGGCUCUGAUGUUCGUCAUUGACUCGAACGAUCGACAGCGAAUGACUGAGGCGAAGGAGGAACUGUACAGUGUGAUCAGCGAGAAGGAGAUGGAGAAAGUGGUGCUUUUGGUUUGGGCCAAUAAGCAGGAUUUGAAGGGUGCCAUGAAACCACAAGAGGUCUCGGAUUUCUUGCAACUGGACAAAAACUUGAAAAACCAACUGUGGUGUGUCAUAGGGAGCAACGCUCUUACGGGGCAAGGUCUGGUCGAGGGUCUAUCGUGGGUCUCAAACAAUACCGCCAAGCGGUAA